AUGGCGGUUCGCAUCUGGAUCUGGUGUAGCACACUGCUAAUGAUCUACAUGCCAUCGCUCUUUGUCCGUCGUAUUUACCGCGAACGUACCGUUGGUUCAGCAUCGAUUGUUCCCAUCUUUUUAGUUCUCGCAAAUUCACAUGUCUGGAUGCUUUAUGGCUAUUUGGGUCGAACGUGGUUUCCAAGUUUUCCCGUUUUUCUUAUUGGUGAUCUCGUUUCAUUAUGCUAUCUCUUUAUUUUCUGGCGCUAUUCACAACAAAGAGCUCAAGUGGCGGAGAAAAUUGGCCUUAUGUUUGCUUGGCUUACAGUUCCAACGCUCUAUGUAACUGCUGCUAGUCUGGGCUUUACAGGUCAAACUCGCAACGAGAUUUGGAAAACACAAGGUUUGUGCUUUUGCGAUGUCACUGUGAUUACGAGUCACAUGAUUAUGCUUCGAACUCUUAUCCGUGCAUUCAAGCAGCGAUCAGCUGCGACGCUCGUUCCACGUUCAUUAGCUGUUACGACAUUUAAUACGCUUGGAUGGUUUACAUUUGGUCGUGUUACAUCAAACUGGAUCAUUGCGGGGCCUCAAGUCUUUGUCAUUGCACUUCAUGUGGCUGCAUGGACCAUGUACUUCGUCUAUGGCUUCCAAAAAAAACCUGAGACUCAAACAACUUCGAUAGAGGAGGUUGACAGUAGGUUUUCAAUCAUAUUUUCACCAAAACUCGAUGCAAAUGCAAAGGAAGAAUCACAUUCCACUUCUGACUAUCAAGCUGUACGAUCUCCAUCCGUUCAUAUAGUUUUGAUUAAGUAA